UUAUUUUUAAGUGGCGACCUGUGAAGUGAAAACAAGUUUAGGGAAAUGCUGUGUUUUCCCGUUUUAUUAUCGUGGAAUGAAGUAUAGCGCGUGUACAACAGUGGCCAACAAUAAUGUAUUCUGGUGUGGAAUCACAACAUACGUCAUAGAUGAUGUAUCGACAUGGGAGAACUGUGCCACCGGAGCGACUUGCGAAGUUAAAACAACAUCGGGAAAAUGCUGUGUUUUCCCGUUUUAUUAUCGUGGAAUAAAGUAUAGCGCGUGUACAACAGUGGCCAACAAUAAUGUAUUUUGGUGUGGAAUCACAACAUACGUCGUAGAUGUAUCGACAUGGGAGAACUGUGCCACCGGAGCGACUUGCGAAGUGAAAACAACAUCGGGAAAAUGCUGUGUUUUCCCGUUUUAUUAUCGUGGAAUAAAGUAUAGCGCGUGUACAACAGUGGCCAACAAUAAUGUAUUCUGGUGCGGAACCACAACAUACGUCAUAGAUGAUGUAUCGACAUGGGAGAACUGUGCCAGUGUUCACGAGUGCUGAAACAAUUCAACCUGCAUGGUCAGUAGAUGAUGAGAUGAACAAUUUGUGUGAUAUCGUCAACAGAUGGAGAGAAGUUUUCAUUUGUUAUUCAGAAACAGCGAAUAUUACUGCAGUCAUAUAUUGUAUCGUGCAUACAUAGAAGUAAUGUUGAUUUUAAGAUUGUAUCAUAUAUCACAUAAAUAGCCUGUAAUGUAAUAAGCAUCCGUAUAAUAUCAUACGUUAAAAUGGUCGUGAGAAUUUACCAACAAAGAUUUUACUUUCCUGUUUUACCGCUAACGCAGUCCUUAUUUAGGUAUUCAAUACAGUAAAAUAAAUGUUGCUGGAGUAAGUACUCCUGCAACUGUUUCACCAUCUAGGUCAAAUAAAACAAAUACAUCAUAAAAUACCCCCCCAUAAAAAAGACCCUUUUUAA